GUUCCAAAAACGGUAUACAAAAGUAUUUUUUAUUCUAUUUUUCUAACUUACUGCGUGGUCACAUUGUCUUAUCUAUUUGUACAACAAAGAAAAUAAAAUGCGUAGAGGAGUUAGUUCCCCACCUGUUGACUCGGCUUCAUACUCUAAUUUGGUCGGAUUCAUUUUCAUAUUCAAUCUUAUUGUUGGGACUGGAGCGCUAACUCUGCCAGGAGUUUUUGCCAAAGCAGGAUGGUGCCUAAGUUUGGUUGUGAUAAUACUAUUAGCUCUUGUAAGCUAUAUCACAGUAACAUUUGUUAUCGAAGCUAUGGCUGGCGCGAAUGCGAUAAAGCACUGGCAAAGUCUUCAGGCUUUACGUUACAGACGCAAUUCGAAUGAAGACGAGAAUGAAUUACUUUCGAACACAGAAAGCGAAACGGUUCCCCUGACAAUUCAUAAUGCGGAAUUCCAUUAUUAUCAAUUAACGCAAAAGUUUGAAUUAGGUGAAAUGGCCACAAUGUUUUUCAAUGAUUUCGGCCGUACAUUAUUUUACCUAUGCUUUAUAAUUUACCUGUAUGGAGAUUUGAGCAUAUAUUCUGCUGCUGUGGCUAGAAGCUUGCGUGACGUAUUAUGCGAACACGAUCAUUCAAACAGUUCGGACAUCUCGAUUUCAGAAUCAAGCUCAAUGCAUCUGCUUGGUGACUUUAAGGGCAACGAGAAUCGUGCGUGCUGGAAGGAAUAUAAUUUAUCAAGGCUAGUUAUGUACAGAAUAAUCUUGAUUGGAUUUACAAUCAUUUUUGGACCACUCGUUAUAUUUAGCAUUCAGAAAACAAAGUAUUUACAAAUGCUAACUGCCGUUUUUCGAUGGUUGGCAUUCUUUCUAAUGAUAUGCAUUGCCAUCAAGAUGCUCUGUACUGAUGGGGCGAAAGGACACCCAGUUGCCGUAAACUUUUACGGCAUCCCAUCAUUGUUUGGCGCAUGUGUCUACUCGUUCAUGUGUCACCAUUCGUUGCCCAGUUUAGUGGCUCCAAUUAAAACCAAGUCAAUGAUUGCCAAAAUUCUUUCAUACGAUUACAUUUUAAUUUGUACGUUUUACAUAGUACUCGCGAUUUCAGGUGUUUUUGCGUUUGAGCACAUUGAAGACCUUUACACAUUGAAUUUUCUGCCCUAUCGCGAUACAACUGAUGGUUUCAUGUCGUCCUUUUUUAUUGGCAUCGAUUAUUUUCUGUCCUUGUUUCCUGUAUUUACGUUAUCCACUAGUUAUCCACUUAUUGCUAUUACCCUUAAAAACAAUCUUCAGACUUUGUUUCUGGAUAUGUCCCGAUAUAAUUCAUAUAGCAUAUUCAUACGAGGUCUUUUCCCUCUUUUAGCUGUUCUGCUACCCUUUUGUGUAACAUAUUUCACUGAAAAUCUAUCUACCCUAGUGGCAUUUACAGGGAGCUAUGCUGGAGUUGGCAUACAAUAUGUCAUACCUGUUUGCUUGGUCUAUUUCUCGCGAGUAACAUGCUCCGAACUUCUGGGUAAUGGAAUUAUAAAUCAAUUUCAAAGUCCAUUUCAAUCAAACAUAUGGUUAGCGCUGGUGUUAACUUGGUCAGUAUUAUCCGUGUUUUUAGUAUCUAUUAAAUUGUUCAGCUAAGAAUAUGUACACACGCACAACAUACAGAAAAUAAUUCUUAGUAUUAAUAAGCAUCGGCUGUGAAAUUUGAUUUCAAAUUAAAAGAUUUUCCUACUUUGAUUAACUAAUUGAAAAUUAGAUAUCACCAGGACAUAGAAAUCAUAUGGAAAUCGUUGAAAAACUGUAUUUGUUAUAUAAGCCUUAGCUGGUAAUUACAUUUUAAA